GCUUCACUACGAGAGCCACCAUUUCUGCGCCUGGUGCGGUCCACCGGAGGAAUGCACACGUGACCUCUGGUGGCACACGCCCUCUACGUCACCAGGCUGAAGCCUCAAAGUGAAGACGUUUAACUUCUCUCCCUUCACUCUGUCUUCUCCGGUGCUGCUGUCACGUCCCCCUCCGUCCACCACUGCGGGGGAAACAUGCUCAUGAACUCGGCACGAAACAUUUCGAAAUUUGUAGUCUAGUGACGCACCACGGACAGCCCUUCACGGCAGACUCACCAUCAAAAUGGCCGAGCUGUAUGAAAACCGCACCUGUCAUCAUAAUGAGUCCAUGGGCUUCUUCUACAAGAACAUUGGUGCUGAUGAUAAGUGGGACAAUACCCAGCUCAUCAUGGUGCAGGUGGUGGGCUCUCUCUUCUGCUGUUUCAUUCUGGUGUCCAACGCCAUGGUCAUAGCUGCUGUCAUCACCAACAAGAGGUUUCACUACCCUUUCUACUAUCUCCUCGCCAACCUCGCUGCCUCGGACUUCCUAGCCGGCAUAGCAUACGUGUACCUUAUGUUUAACACGGGGGAGGUGUCACGGAAACUCACAGUUAAAGGGUACUUCAUCCGUCAAGGUCUUCUGGACAUCAGUCUCUCAGCCUCGCUGGCUAACCUGUUGGUAAUAGCUCUGGAGCGUUACAUCUCUGUCAUGAACUGGAAAGUCCACAGUAACCUGACAAAGAGGAGGGUGACGCUGCUGAUCGUGCUGGUGUGGGCCAUCUCCAUCUUCAUGGGGGCUGUGCCGAGUCUGGGCUGGAACUGCAUCUGCGACCUGAACGACUGCUCCCAGCUGGCUCCCAUCUUCAGCAGGAGCUACCUGAUCUUCUGGUCUGUGUCUAACCUGGUGGUGUUCCUCGUGAUGGUGGGCAUCUACAUGAGGAUCUACGCAUACGUGAAGAAGAAGACGUCAGUGCUAACGGCACACACCAGUGGCUCCAUCAACCGCAAGAGGACGCCCAUCAAGCUCAUCAAGACAGUUAUGGUUGUGCUUGGGGCCUUUGUGAUCUGCUGGACUCCCGGCUUGGUGGUUCUUCUGCUGGACGGUCUCCGCUGUACGAGUUGUAACGUCAUGAAAUUAAAACGCUGGCUGCUGCUCCUGGCUGUACUCAACUCAGUAAUGAACCCCUGCAUCUACUCCUAUAAGGAUGAGGAAAUGUGGACAACCUUCAAGAACCUCAUGCGCUGCAUUGGGAACGGCACACGACGGCAGCGGUCCACGAGGGCUAACGCCAGGCCGCUCAGCUCUGGUCAGGACACGGCCAAUAGUCAGCUUCCCUCAGAGGAGACAAAAAAUGACAGUCAGGACAUACUCAAGACCUGACAGUGGAAUUUGUUACGCAUUUGGUGGAACUUCUGUCCAGCUCUGACUGAACUUAUCUUAAGAAGACACAGAUGGGGACUGACUUGAAAGGGAAGCCACCAUUGUCUCCAGUUGGUCUCAGGAUUCGUUGUUGAUUCGUUGAGAUUAAAAGUAGUUUGUUAAAGAGACACUGCACGCCAUCUCUUCCAGUAUAAAGCUGGCUGAGAUAAGAGACACUGAUGCACUAAUAAUUCACCAAAUGGAUUCAUAGAUGUGCUUUUUCAGGUUGUUUUUCAGGGUUUUAACAUUUUUUGUACACAUAGCUCUGUUUCAUCCUGCUCUUUGUGUCUUGCUCAUCACAUUCCUGUGGGUUAUUUAAAGUUGGAAAAAAUGCGGAAGAAAGAAUCCAGUAUGAAGUACAAAGAAGAACUUUUCUACCUUUACCUUUUUAAAAGGGUAAAAAUCAUGCAAAAGGUGACUUCAGUUUGUCGCUAAUAUUCAUUUGUGUGCCUCUGAAUUAUCCUGUAGGUUUACUUCUUGUGUAGUUUGAGGAAGCAGUACUGCGGUGCAUGAUCUAGUCAAGAAAUGUAACAGUGGUUUAUGGUUUAGAGUCAGGUACUGUAAAACUGUACAUUUGCUUGAGUAGGCACAGUUUUAAAGAUUAUUUCCUGUUUUUAAAGUAAAAGUACUGUAAAUUGCUGUACUAUACAUAUCUACUUGUACAUCCUGUAAGAUGCUUUCAGGAAGAGAUAAACUGUAAUUUCACCCAAUUUUAAGUGAGUUCACACCCUGCUUUUCUAAAGCAGGUUUGCCUCUGGAGAAUAGAUGACAAGGUCAGCCCUUUCUUGUCCCAUCGUCUUUUUUCAUUUCACCUAAACAAACCGAUAAACUCCUGCCUGCAGCACCUCACAGAGGCAAACCUGUUCCCUCUGUGGAAUUUUAACACAUUACAUCAAUUCAUCAAAUGGCUCCAGGGGCUGUGAUGAAACUCCUGUUCACCUCACAGUGCAAGGGUUGUAAAAUGAUUGCAACACACUGGAGAUACCUGUAGGAACCAAAUAGGAUAUGACUGAACAGACGGUAACUACCCACAUGUACAUGCAACACCCCCCACCCCCUCCACACUGCUCUGACAACUUCAUUGUUAAAUCAUUGACUGGGUUCAAAUGACUUUUCCUCAACCUGCUGUACAGUAUUUAUGCCACUUCUGCUGUAAAAGGACAUCGUGAAAGCUGAUUUGUGUUCAUCGUGGGAGUUCAAGAAUGCCACAAAUGAGGUUAACAGGUCCAGUCACGUUGUUUCUUUAUUGAUUUUAAAUUUCUGUGUGGCAUUUGAGACCAUUGGACUUUUAGAAUCAUCUCUUUUUUUGUUAAUUAACAGCUCUUUUUUUGUCAAAUAGCAUACAUAAAAAUGUGGUCAAUAUGUCUAUUUUUCCAUAAUGAAAUGACAGGAUGGAGAUGACACAAGCAGCAUAGAGGUUAAUUUCACAAAAGUGCUUGCAACCAUGUCACACUAAAGUAAGUUUAAAUUUUACUUCAAUGUGAAUACCAAAAAUAAUAUAAUUUAGAGACUGCGACUUUGGCUUAAAAUUCUUUCUGGAUUCUCUAGCGUUUGCUACAUUUUUUUUAGCCAUGUUGGUGGUAAUCCAAAUCCUUAUGACGUCACUGUUCCCUUAACCUGUCUAGUCCACUUGUAGGUCAAAGAUUCACUUAACUGGUGAAAUAUGUCGACAUGUACUAAAUGGAUUGGCCCAACGUUUUAUAGGCAUUUCAAGACAACAAACCCCAAACACUUCAGGGAUCCGCCAGUGCCACCGUGCGGUUUAUGUUUUGUGGCUUUGAGUGAAAUGUCUCAAUGACCGUUGGAUGGAUUAACAUAAAAUUAUUUGAGACAUUAAUGAUCCCCUUACUUUUCCUGCCAUCGUCAGGUGAUAUCACCAUCAGCCUCAGGUGAACUUUGUGUGUCCUACUAAUAAGCAAUUCUUGUCAUAGAGCAUGUUAGCUAAGAUGGUAAACAUUGUACCUGUUAAACAUUUCUAACAUUGUGACUGAGAGCGUUUUAGCACCUACUUCGAUCUUACAACACAAGAGUGGCUGUAGCAUUCUACACCUACUUGGUGCCUUUGUUAGCCAAACCGUAAGGUGACUUGUAAAUCCUGUUUGACUCAGACUGUUUCCUGAUUUUAAAUUAAAAUAAUUGACACUGAUAAUACCUGCUGAGUCUACAAUCUUAAAAAAAAAAAUGAAAGGAUAAUCUGAUACUCCUAUUACAUGCCUUGUACUGCAAUCAGAAGUUGAAGUACUGUUUCUUAAGCUGUCUAGUGCUCAAGACCUCUGGGCCACUUUAGGAUGAUUUACUCUUGUCACACCAAUUAGCAAGUGACCUGAAAUUUCCAUUCAGUCAGCUGAAGAGCUGCAGAAAAACAGAAUUGACUCUUAAGUGGGAAGAACAAGAGCACAAAGCACCUGCAUCAGUAAAAUAAAACAAACAGUUGCGGGGUUAGCUGAUACUAUUUGAAUUAUCCCGUAGCCUAGAUGUCAACAUCUGGAAAAUGUUGUAGUGAAAUACGUUUAAACAUUAAAACAUGUUUAGUAGGUUAUAAACUGCACAAUGUAAGCAUCUGUCAUUUCUUGUAAAUGUUUGCUGUUUGAUGCUACAUACUGUCUAUGUCCUGUUUCUGUUGUCCCCAGAAAGCCUUUGAAUCAUGUUAAAGUUUCAAAUCUGCCCUCUAAUUUACUCAAGUCAACAUGCUUGAAAUGCAAGCCCAUUGUUCAUAACCUUUCACUGUUUUUAACCAUAAAACCCACAGCUGUUUAUUUUGCCCCCAUUCUCUAGGUAACCAGCUUUUGCAACGUUCUUAAUCCCAUGUUAUAUUUCUUUUGUGCAGUAAAAUCCCACUCAAAAUUUAAUCCCCUAAAACACGUCCUUUGACAGCAGAAAAAAAAAGGUUCAACACUGUACAUUUUGCUCAUAGAAAACUACUCAGGGGUGUAAGUGACAUUCAGGUUGAGGUUUGACUUGAGUCAAGUCAUUUGGUCUUUAUGAAAAUUUGUGCUGUAUGGUAGCGACGACUGUACGUCCUCGGUCGUGACUGCUGCCUGCCACUCUGGUUUUACAUUCCCAAAAACAUGAACUGUAAACUGUGUGGUGUGGCAGUCUUUUUUCUACAGCUGUGCUGUAAUUAUGCAUUCUUGAAAAGCCAAUUAAAUUUCACAGAUGUUCAAAAAUGCUGUCUUUUGGUUUGGUUUUAAUCUCAGGACAAACAGUUGGAGACAGAGGGAUGGAAAACGCUCAUCAGUAUGUUAUAUAAAUAUCUCUUGUGCCAUAAAUGUGAGGAAUCAGGAAAGUUAAAGCUUAAAUCAUAUAUAAUUUACAUAACUGACUGGUUUGUCCUAUAGGUCUCAGAAUACAUGAUCAUCAAGUGUGAGGGAUUUCAACUCGAUACAAUAUUAUGUCUGAGAGGACAAUGUGCAGUAAAAGUGAUAGUCAAAGAUGAGAUUUAUUACAUACGUGUAAAUGGUAAACAGACUGCAUUUGUAUAGCACUUUUAUCAUUAUACAGAAUCAAGGGGUUGACACAAAUCUCCAGUGUUCAGAGAAUGGCCCAAAUGUGUCAGUGGCACAGAGGAUCAACAAACUACAGAGUAUUGAAGUCAGUCAUCUGGUUUUGUUGAUGUUUGUUUAUUUCUGUCUUCUCUCUUUCAGUUUCUGAUUUAAACCAUAAACUUUUUUCUGUGGCUG